AUGAAACAAAUUAUCAAUGGUGAACAAGCAAUCGAACGCUCUGAAAAUGUGAGGAAAGAUGAAUUUGAUUGUAAAAAUGAAAUUUUUAACUCGGUUAAGGACUUGAUGACUGGCGAGAUAUUAAAAAAUGCCCAUGUAUCUGCUGAUGAAAAAAGAGAAAACAAGAAAGCCGCAAACAUUCUGCAUGUCGAAUGUUUAAAUCUCAAUCUUAAAAAACAAAUACUGCUAGAUGAAUCAAAUGUACAAGCAGUUUGUGAUGAGACAGAGAAAGAAAUACAAUCAAUAGAUGAAUCAAGAUUUAUAGAUAGUGAGGUGGUAGCAGAGGAUGAUGAAAAUUAUUUUAACCUGGCGUUGAAUGAGUUAGUGCGAAGAAAGUUAAAACGACGUGCUUAUUUAAAAAACGUUAAAAAUUCAACAACUAUGGAAAAUGAUACCGCGACUUUCGAUGCAAAUAAUUUAAUUUCCACCGAAAUAUUUAAUAAAAAUUUAAGCAAGGAAGAGGAGGGCAUGGAUAUUGAAAAAAAUUCAGACAAACUUGAUGCAGUUUGUGAGACAUCUUUUGCAAUAAACGACAUUAAUGUAAAUGGAAACUUGGAAAGAAGGAAAUUGAUAAGAUCAGAGAAGGUUAAUGGAUUAAAACAAAAGAACUUGUCAAAAAGUUUCAACGCUACAAAUCAUGAUUUUUUUUCUAAAGAUGAACUAACGAAUAUCAUCAACCUCAGUGACGGUAUAAUUUUGGACCAAAUAGAUUCAGAACCGAAAGAUAAAAAAACAAAAUCACCUCAAUUCACAUCUGACCUUAAAAGUCAGAAAGUUCUGGAUGGCAGCUUAGCUAAAUUUUCACUGCAGAUCCUCGCUGAAUCAUUUCCUGGGACGGUGAGAUGGUUGAGAAAUGAUAAAGAUGUAUCAUUAAACUAUCCAAACAUCAUAUCCGAUUACAACGCAGAGACUGGUGAGGCCAGUUUGAUCAUUCCAGAAGAUGCUGGAGAUUAUAUGUGCAUUGCUGAGAAUAAGUUUGGUGCUGCCUCCAUUAGCGCUUCUCUCGUCGUUGAAACUUACGAAUAUGUGCCAGAUUCAAAGGAAUCAGUUUGCUCACUGGAUGAAAAAUGCUCGGAAGCAGAUUGGGCGUUGGAUAUCAAGGAGGAGUGGUGGAAAGAUUCAAAUGUUGAGGUGAAUGGAAGUUCAAUCGGAAGUGACUUAAAGAUAUCCCAAGUAAAAUCUUCUAAAUUAUUUAAUGAGGGAUUGGAAACUGAAAACGUUUUAAGCUUAAAUGCAGACAUCAAUAAAAUUUCUGAUGUCCUCUUAUCGAGUGAAAAAUCAUUAAGCAUCGCUUUUCAACUCUCCUCAACUGAAAAGUUUGAUUUAAAAGAUGGUCAGAAAAAACUGCAAAUUACUGAGUGUGAAAGUAAAACUAAAAUCUCGUCUUGGAAUAAAAAGUUACAAUCUUGUUCAAUUGAAGAGUUGGAUAGCACGAAGUAUCAAUCUACUGAUGAUUUAUAUUUGGACGCUCCCGAAGUUCUGGCAAGUGAAAGUAGCAAAGAACCAACUCUCGUCGAUUUCCAUUUUGUUCAGUUUAAUUUUGCCCAAUUAAACCAUGCAAAAUUGACUAUUAAAAAACAGGACUUGGAAAAAACUUUUAUUUUUUCCAAACCAUCUUCACAAAAGUUGGUGCCCAUCAGUUCUGAACGUUUCAAAGUUUUUUCGGUAAAAGUUAAUCGCAUCCGUUUUGAAACGCCAUAUAUCUCGCGCAAUGUGCCAAUGUUUGAAGUAAAACCACUUCCAGUAUCGCAUUCAACUGAUAAAGUAACGCUACAGAUUUGUAAAUUUCUCAACGUUAGGAGCUCUCAGUUGAACAACCUCAAAAAUUAUCACAACUUCUCACAAGAAACUUAUGCCUUAGACAUUAUCUAUCAUUUAAUUCAGCAUCAGGUUAAAACGUUGAAACCGAAAAUUAACGUUAUAGCAAAAUACAAUCUGAAUACUGCCACUCAAAACAACCUCAUGGUCAGGUGCGCUUUGAAUUUCUGCAUGGUUCCACAAAUUUCUCUUUCAAAACAAGAUGAAAUCAUCAAUAUUGAAUUUGAAACCGUAGCAUUAUACGACGAUUUGUACCACAACGAGGAAAUAUAUUUCAAAGUGGAUGGACAAUUUUCUAUUUGCAGAUAUAUUCCUUGCUAUGAAAACGUUGAAGCAGAAAAAUAUAUGUUACUUCAUUCUGAAUAUCAAAAAAACAAAGUCAACCUUGCACCUUCAAUAACUCAAACAGAGGUAUGUGAAAAAGAUGAUUACAUUACAACAAACAAAUCAACAAAACGAAAGCCUGAAAAUCUAAAUCUACAAAACAAAUUGCAUCUCGAUCAGUUGAAGUUUUUGAGAAGUUGUAGAAAAUCUGUUUCAUCUGAUCCAGGGACCAAGGUUUUGAAAAAAUAUUUUUUUCCUCAGACUCUGCAAUCAAAGUACAAAAGAAAUAUAUCGAGAUCAAUCAGUAGUUUAGACUCUCGCAAAUCCAUUCGCAGCAGUCGCAAAGCGUCAUUCGCCUCCUCCCUCGAUUCAUAUCCUCUUAGGUCAUACUGCUCCGAAUUUAUCCUCAAUUCAAAUACACUUCCAAAGUAUUAUUUUGAUCAAAUGAGCAAUCCAAUAUCAUAUCUGUCGAUUGGCUCCAGUUUCAAAAAGUCGUUCUCCGAUCUCGACUCAAUCGACUCAUCACUUUCUAUUUUGUCACUUUAUGAAAAGAACUACGCCAAGCUUUCUCUGCCAAACAAUCUUCUUUCCGAAGUUACGCUCAAUUACGUUCAUUCAGCUGAAGAAUUCAACCCAAUUGUUGUGGCUUCUGAUUUGAAAAAUGUGUGCGGAAUGAAAUGUCAGUUGUUCGAAGAAAAAAUGAUCGAUUUUGAAAAUGAUUUGACGGUUUACAAAGCUUGUUUUGCUAUGAAUGAAAAAGAAACUGAUUGUGAAGCUAGUAUUAUAAUUUUGAAAAGUGAUAAUAAACUGAAAGAUUUUGACAAAAUUAGUUCUCAAAAAGAAACGGCGUCGAUGAAACGUGAAACAAAUUUCAAAAGUUCGCAUGAAAUAAUUGAGGAAGAAACGAAACGAACUCUUCAAUCGGAAUCUUUCAGAUCAAAUCAAUUUUCCAAGCUUCAAAAUUCUCCAAAUCUCACUAAUCUCAAAAACAAUCCCCCAACAAUAAUCUCACACCUGCAAAACCAUCAAGUAUUAGACGGAGCAUCUGCUGAACUAACGUGCCAAAUCAAAUCAGACCUCCCUGUUCAAGUCACAUGGCUCCUUGAUGGAUUGGAAAUUUGUCCGAAUCACGAGGUUAUUAUAAGAGAACACGAAAAUAAUGUCUUCACUUUAACAAUCACGGAGGUCCUGCCUGAAGAUGAAGGGUUGUACUGCUUGCAAGCGUCCAAUGAGUUUGGAGAGUGCUACACUACUGCUUACUUGACUGUUCUAAGUUGGUGA